AUGAUUCCUGUACUCAUGUUUGGGCGAUUAAUAGUUUUCCUCAUAGCCGUUCAAAUAGUAUCGGCAAGGGUGAAACCGAUCGACAUUUUCAGUCAGCCAGCGGGUGCAGAUAUUCCCCAGAUGAGAAAUAAGAAAAGCAAAAUGUUCAACGCCCUCCACAAGAACUCCUUCUUAAAGUGGGAUGAGCAAGAUCCCAAUGGAAAUAUUGUAAUACCGUAUGAAAUCAAUGGACAUUUCGACGCAUCGCAAAAGAGGACUAUUGCUGUAGCUAUGAGACGCAUAGAGGACAACACAUGCAUUCGUUUCAAGAUCAGAGAGAAUGAAUGGAAUUACGUCGCAAUUCUAAAUCAGAACAGAGGCGGGUGCUUUGCAACUGUUGGUCGUAUGAGAGGCAGAAGCUCAUUAAUGCUAGAACACAACGAUGAAAGAUCAUGCCUGGUGACCAAAGUUGUUCUGCAUGAAUUGAUGCACGUAGUAGGGCUAUGGCACGAGCACGAGCGUUACGAUCGCGACAAUUAUGUCAAAGUGCAUUAUGAGAACAUUAAAGAAGGUUAUUGGAGUCAAUUCUCCAAAGUAUCACCAUACCAGGCAACUACAUACGGUAUCCCAUACGACUACAAAUCGAUUAUGCACUAUGGUAAAACUUUUUUUGCGAAGCCAGGAACAAUAAGUAUGGAGACGCUCGAUCCUAGCUAUCAGGACGUGAUCGGCAACCAAGAUGAUGCUUCUUCCAGCGACUAUCGCAAGAUCUGCGAGAUAUAUCAGUGUAAGAAGUGUAUGGGCCAGACUAGCGACGAAGGCACUGACGAGAUUAAACCAACGCCGCCAACUAGAGCACCAAGUUCAACUAGUGCACCAACUGUUGGUACAAGGAUACCAAUAACUUGCUAUGAUGAACACCCCAAGUUCUGCAACAAAAGAGUGCGCAGAGUAAGCCAUUGCACAUUUGCUAUUCGAAUGUCCACCUUGUCGAUCUUCACGAGAUACUGUCACCUCGUCUGGCCAUUCUUCGCCUCCGCCCUCUGUGCCAAAAACAUAUCUGUACCAUCAACAUCAGCAGCUGAUGAAUCCGAAUUGGACGAGGAGCUGAAGGAGGUAAUCCGCAACUGGAAGUCCUUCUACAAAUUCGUUGUCGGAGGCUUCAACGCAAAACUAGAAAAGGCCACUGAACAGGAAUACAGGAUUGGAAGACCUGGACUAGGGGACCGGAAUGAAAAUGUAAUCGUUUCGCCGGGUGACUGGCACAUCGAGGAGGACUCAAACGUGGACUACGAGGUGCUGCUCAGAGGAUUCCGAGCCUGUGCUGAGCGUGCCUCGAAGCAGCGUACGACAAACUUGGAUCGAAUUUCAAAGACCACCAAGGAAUUGUUGGAAAGAAGAAGGGCUUUGAGGCUUGAUCCGAAUGCAUCGCACAUUGAGCGGUUAGCACCAAACAAUAGCUGCAGAGAAGCUUUGCAAGAGGAUCUUUUGAAAUACAGGCAGAAAAGGAUUCUGGAAGCAGCACAAAGAAAAACGAAUCUAAAGAAGUGCCGCAGGGAUCUCUGCGAAUAUAAUGUUCUAGCAAUCUUGCUGAUCGAAGACGGGACUCGCACGUCUUCUCGUCGUGAGAUGGAAAUCAUUACGGAGAGGUUCUAUUCGAACCUUUUCCGUUCACCAACUCCUGUGUCAAGCCAGGUCAUCCCCACUGGUGAUGCUCCACCACGGAUUCUCCCUUCGGAAGUACGAGUCGAUAUCAAGAGCAUGAUUCUCAGCAUCAUUCUCUCCAACAUUUGCUUCGCGGACGACAUCGUUCUCUUUUCGAGCAGUACCAAUGAAGCAGAAACGAUGCUCAACGAAUUGAACGAAACAGGGAAGAGAAUAGGACUGCGAAUAAAAAGAAAGAAGACUCAGUUCAUGAUGAACGCCGAUUGCGAGGACGGAGGAGUACAACUUGGAGGCUCCCAAAUCGUGGAAACUUCGUCAUACGUAUACCUCGGACGUUCUAUGAACAUGGAAAACGACUUGAAGGAAGAACUGAACAGAAGAAUGAGGGCAGCAUAG